AUGACUAAUGUGGAGAUAAGGGCAGCUCUCCAAACAUUGACUCAAGUCAUGACGGUGCAAGCACAAGCUGUAACAACUCAAGCUCAAGCGAAGACGGCUCAUGCAAAUAGAAAAGUUGGUCCCCGUGCUAAUCCUAAUGCAAGCACCAUGACUUCAAGGUUAAGAGACUUUACUAAGAUGAAACCUCUUAUUUUCUUGGGUUCCAAGAUGAAUGAAAACCCACAAGAGUUUUUGGAAGAGGUCUACAAGAUAGUAGAUGCCGUGGGAGUGACUUCUAUUGAGAAAGCUGAACUAGCGGGGUAUAAAUUGAAAGAUAUGGCCCAAGAAUCAAGGCUUAGGAAGAAGAAUAGAGAGGUGAAGAGGCCAAGGCCCGACGAUGGAAAUUCUUCUAAGGGUAAGUUUGAGGGUCAAAGUGGACCAAGGUUUAAGAGGAGGUUUUCCAAUCAAAGUUCCUCUAAUACACCAAGACCCAACAAAGAUAGGGUGUCUAACCCUAAGCCUCAAGGAGGCAACAGGGGUGGACCUUCCAUAGAGAGACCUACAUGUGCCAAGUGUGGUAAGAAACAUGAAGUGAAAUGUCUUGCCAGAAUGGGUGUGUGCUAUGGAUGUGGCAAAAGUGGACAUCAAUUGAAGGAUUGUCCAACUCGUGCGGCUAAGGGAAAAGAGGGUAACCAAGCUACACUAAGUGGUUCUAAUGCCACUUCCAAGAAGAAUCACUUCUAUGCUCUCCAAUCUAGAAGUGAUCAAGAGGGGUCUCCGGAUGUUGCUACCGUGGAUGCUGAGUUAGAAAUGAAUUUGGAGCAUCUUGAUCACAUUUUAGAAGAAGUUAAUAGAGAAGAGUUAGAUAUGCUAACAAAUAUGGAGGACGAUGAGGAGGAAACUUUCGAAGAGGAUGAAUGGAUAGAUGAGGAGGAAACUUCCGAAGAUGAUGCAUGUGACUGGAUAGAUGAUGAAGAAACUUCCGAAGAGGAUGAAUAA